CUGAGGUAUCUUUCCUUAGGGGUAAACUGUGAAAAUGAGACUGAUGAGUGUUUGUCGAAGCCUUGCCGAAACAAUGCAACGUGUAUUGAUCAGGUGAACAAUUUUAAGUGUGAUUGCCAACCCGGGUUUGCAGGCAGAAUCUGUGAAGUGGAUAUCAAUGAGUGUUUGACUGACCCAUGCACCAAUAAUGGAACUUGUUUGGACAAAGUUAAUGACUAUCAAUGUAUCUGCCAGGCAGGGUACACCGGGAAGAACUGUUCAAUUGAUAUCGACGAGUGUGCCACAACACCUUGUAAAAACGGUGGAUCCUGUACAGAUCAAGUUAAUAGCUUUGAGUGCACUUGUUUGGCUGGAUAUACAGGAAAACGAUGUGAAAUUGAUAUCAAUGAAUGCGCCUCAAGUCCUUGCAGAAAUAACGCUACUUGUGUUGACCAGGUGAAUUCAUACAACUGUACUUGUCAUCCUGGAUUCUACGGCGAUCAUUGUGAAAAUGAGACAAAUGAAUGCGUUCCAAAUCCUUGUAUCUAUGGUGACUGCGUAGAUUUAGUUGCUGACUACAGAUGUGAUUGUAUGGCUGGUUUCACUGGGAAAGACUGCGAUCAUAAUAUCGACGACUGCGCGUCACUUCCGUGUCAGAAUUCUGGGAAUUGUACGGAUUUCGUUAAUGGCUAUAACUGCACAUGUGCGCCAGGAUAUACAGGUGUAAACUGUGAGACUGACAUCAAUGAAUGUAGUCCUGAUCCAUGCCGUGGAAAUGCUUACAACUGCACAGAUCUGAUCAAUGGAUUUUACUGUAACUGCAAACCAGGGUAUAGAGGACGAUCAUGCGAGAUUGAGAUAGACUACUGCACGCCAAAUCCCUGUUUGUACAACAGUACAUGCAUGAAUGUAAAAGAUUCAGCCUCGUUCAAGUGUAAUUGUACCGAUGGAUAUAUGGGUGACACUUGCGGAACCGAGAUUAAUGAGUGUGCGUCGAAUCCAUGCCAGAAUGGAGGAACUUGCGUUGACCUGGUUGCAGCAUACACUUGUAACUGCACGCUAGGCUUUUCUGGUUUGAAUUGUGAAAUCAAUAUUGAUGACUGCAUUGUACGUAAUGGCUCUCUUCCAUGCCUUAAUGGCGGUGUCUGCUUAGAUGGCAUCAACUCCUUCCGAUGCCAAUGCCCAAUUACACAUACUGGGCAAAGAUGCCAGAAAGCGAAAUCACCGAGGUUUGACCUUCGUUUUCAUGGCGGAAGUGGCUCUUAUUUGAGUUACAUGAACUUCAGCAGUGUACCGGCGAUUACAGUAGCAAGUUGGGUGCGUUUCCUCGGAAAGACCUCGGCUGGCACAUUCUUAAUGCUAACAAACAUGGUCAACACAUCAUAUCAUGAUAUUUUGCUUGAAAUCCAAGAUAGAUUCGUACGAUUUACUCCAUCGAAUGGCAGUCGGGUGACUCAUCCGUUUGCAAAGCCUUUGAAUGACGGUCUAUGGCACCACGUUAUUGUAUCAAUUGAACCAACAAGUGGAAGCGUGCAAGUCUACAAGGAUACAGAGGUUGUUUUUAACUCGAUUGAAAACGGCAUGAAAAAUAGAAAACUAUUUGACCCAAAAGGCAUGCUAAUACUCGGUCAGGAAAUGUCGAACAUGGGGUCAGUUCUAAGCAACUCCUUUGCGGGUGAAAUUGGCCAGGUUGGCAUUUGGAAUAGAGUCCUGAGCUCUGCUGAAAGAUCUGCCUUGACAGCAAACUGUUCUUCAAAUCUCACAAACACGCUGCGUUCGUGGAUUCACCUCAAUGGAUUUAAAGGACCCAAUGUUACGAUCAUGGAGCCAGCAACAUGUGGUAGCAACACGUGUCCGCCAUCUUUCAUAGGCCAGUUCUGUGAGACUGAAAUUGACAAGGAGCCACCAAAGGUCUCCAGGUGCCCAAAUGUAACCCAAGUGGUAACACCAAACAGAGUUUCCGUUGUGACAUGGACAGAGCCUAUAUUCAGUGACAAUAAAGUGGUUGCUACCAUCAGAGCUUCUCAUCGCUCCGGAUCUUUCAUGGCUUGGGGAGAUUACAUUGUUACUUACGUUGCAAGCGAUGCUUCUGGCAACUCUGCAUCCUGCACGUUUGACCUUUACGUCAUACGUUUCAACUGUCCACCCUUAAAUCCCCCGCUUAACGGUGCUGCAUUUUGUGGAAGCUGGGAUUAUGGAAAAUUUUGUGAUGCAAAAUGUCAUCCAAGCCACGCAUUUGCAGUGCGUUACCCGCCAUACUAUUCUUGUGGGCAAAGUGGAACAUGGAGUCAUGGCCCACCGUCAUACCCAGAUAACCCUCAGAAUUUACUACCUACCUGCGCAGCAACUGCAUCUGCAGCAACAACAACGGCCAAUCGAGUAACCUAUUCAGCCAGCUCAUGUACUGCACAAUUCAUUGCACAAUUCCGAAGAGAAUUUGAAGCCAAAAUCCAAACGAUUCAGAAAUAUUUCCCUAUUUGUGGAUUUAGCUGCGACUUCAGUCAAAUAAGCAUCAAAUGUGACAGUGUAUCGAGACGACGAAGAAGCACGGGUGGCUCGGUUGCAACAAUUACAGCAGACUUCCCGGUAAACACCACCAGUGGAGAGAACUACACACAGCAAGUUCAGAGUGGUCUUAAAAACGGGCAGUUUAACAUGACGAUAUCGGUCAAUGACGUCACCAUCAAUUCCACAAACAACGACCUCGAAACAACUGUGUCUAUAAAGUGUCCCCAGGGAAGCAUCCUCCAGUCUCAGAAUAAAAAAUGCAUUAUUUGCCCAGCUGGAACAUACCACAAUGUGACAGGCAAUGAAUGUAUCGAUUGUCCCAUUGGCUUAUAUCAACAAAUGGAUGGUUGGACCAACUGUACAGCGUGUCCUUCUGGAACUACAACAUUCAAUGUUGCUUCCAAUCACAGCUCUGCCUGUAAAGAAAUCUGUACCGCUGGAAGUUUCUUUAGCAUGACUGCAGACAGGUGUCAGCUUUGUCCUGAGGGAUUCUACCAGGAAAAUACUGGCAAAAUGCAAUGUGAUUAUUGCCCUAGUGGAAGGUCUUCUAGUCUUGGAGCCAAAAAUGUUUCUGAAUGUGUAGUGAAAUGUGGCCUAGGCUCUGAGUUGAUAACUGGUGAUGCAUGCCAGUUGUGUCCUCGUGGAAGCUACAGGGACGCUGCGAAUCAAACGAGCUGUGUUCCUUGCCUGGUGACUGGAGAAGUUGCAAAAACAACAUACAUUCUAGGAGCUAAAAGUUCUUCAUCUUGCAAAGCUGUUUGUCCACGUGGAAAAGAAGUAUCGAAAGAUGGCAUGAAAUGUAUGGCUUGCCAAACUGGCUUUUUUAGGGAGGAUUUGCUUUUGCCACAUUGUAUUACCUGUACAAGUGGAAGAACAACUAAAAUGCCAGGAAGUGUUUCAUCCAGCAACUGCAUCUCUCUGCAAAGCACAAAGAAGGAAAGUGUAGGAAUCCGGUUCACAGUAGAAGUUUGGAAUUCCAAGCUGUCGGAUGUCAACAGUUCAGAAUUCAGAAUUUUGAUAUCAAAGAUUUCCAAAGAAGUAGAGAAAAUAUAUGCCGCCGAAGAAGGCUUCUUGUCUGUCAAAAUCAACCAGUUCAGGAAUGGAAGUGUCAUAGCCUUUGCUGAUUUGGUCUUCUCUACAUUAGUGUCCGACCCUCUGGGCAAGCUCAGAAAUGCCAUCGCAUCCGGUUCUGUUGGAUCUCUGUCAGUUGAUUCUUCAUACACAAUCGUUGACCACUGUAGACUGGUUGGCAAUUGUGGCGCGAAGCAGGAGUGCAAAAGCAAUGCCACCCACGGAUACUGUGCCUGUAUUCAAGGUUACUACAGGCCGUCUUCAGUAUCAACCUGCGAGGUCGACUGCAGUCCCUCAUUCUGCUUAAACAGCGGCAAAUGUGAGCGUGGACCAAACUACAGGGUUUGCAGGUGUGCCAGUGGCUACUCAGGCAACAGAUGUGAAAAAGAGGGUAACAACAUUGGUCUGAUUGUAGGCUUAUCAGUAGCAGGCUUGCUUUUAAUUAUCAUCAUUGGAAUUAUCGUAUUUAUCGUAUGGAAGAAAAAUCAACGGAAGAACCAUGUCGGUACAGGGAUCCAGCUUGAUGACACAGCAAGAGCGAAAAAUUUAUCUGACAAUCCUUUGAAGGCAGUUACGAAUCCAAGUGCUUAUGGUGAAGUGCCUCAUUCAAACAACAGCACCCAAUCUUCGGUGCGAGCAUUCUCCAACAAGGUAGCCGUUGACAGUGAACAUGCCGAGGAACAGGGUGCUGUUUGAUGGUUCUACAGACUUUCCAAUUAUCUAAAUACCAACUACUGUCAGAAGGAAAUCAUUGAUUUAUAAAUUGUUAUUUUGUUUUCAAACAGGUUUGGUUUAUGUUUUCUAACAAUUGAUUACUUCUUUGAUCUAAGAUCAUGGUGUGACAUUUUUUUAUUGUACGUUUCCACGUUGUAAUCUCCUUACUAGAUGUUUUCUACAUUUUUAGCUUUUGGCUAAUAAACUGUUCAGUGGUUAGAUA